GUGACGCCGUGCGCGCCGGGAGUUGUAGUCCCGGGCAGCACGUGUGCGGGACGUGUGGCCGUGCCGGCCGGAGCGGAGCCGAGCCGCCCGCCGCCGCCGCCGCCAUGCCGAAGGUGCGGGCGGGGAAGCGGCCGCGGCAGGAGCGCCGGGAGGGCCGCGCUAGCGGCAUCCUCUUCAACACCGGGGCCGGCCAGCACAUCCUGAAGAACCCCCUCGUCGUCAACAGCAUCAUCGAGAAGGCUGCCCUACGACGCACAGAUGUCAUUCUGGAAGUAGGCCCAGGAACCGGCAACCUGACAGUAAAGAUGUUAGAGAAAGUAAAAAAAGUUAUUGCUUGUGAAAUUGACCCUAGGCUUGUUGGUGAACUUCAGAAGAGAGUCCAGGGCACGUGUCUGGCGAACAAACUUGAAAUCAAGGUUGGAGAUAUCUUGAAAACAGACUUACCGUUCUUUGAUGCAUGUGUGGCUAACUUGCCUUACCAGAUUUCUUCACCUUUCGUUUUCAAGUUGUUGCUUCAUAGACCUUUUUUCAGGUGUGCAAUACUUAUGUUUCAAAGGGAAUUUGCACUUCGUUUGGUUGCAAAACCAGGAACUAAACUAUACUGCAGACUCUCCAUUAAUACACAGUUGUUAGCUCGAGUGGACCAUCUGAUGAAGGUUGGAAAGAACAACUUCAGGCCUCCUCCCAAAGUUGAAUCCAGUGUUGUCAGAAUAGAGCCAAAGAACCCACCACCACCUAUCAACUUCCAGGAGUGGGAUGGUCUGGUAAGGAUAGCCUUUGUUAGGAAAAACAAGACACUCUCUGCAGCAUUUAAGUCAAGUGCUGUAGAGCAGUUGCUGGAUCAUAAUUACCGAAUUCAUUGUUCCUUACAUAAUACAGAGAUACCUGAAAACUUCAAAAUUGCAGAGAAAAUUCAGUCAGUCCUGAAAAAUACGGGUUACUCUGAAAAACGAGCCCGCUCAAUGGAUAUAGAUGAUUUCAUUAGACUGCUGCACGGCUUCAAUUCAGAAGGCAUCCAUUUCUCAUAGACUCUGCUGGACGAAUGAAAGAUGUUCUGUGUUUUGUCACCAAAGUCUUACCCAAGCCAGAGUGACUGCAAUGGGACAAGCUCUUCCCACAAAAGCAAGGACCAUAAUACAGCAUAUGCACUCUGGUUCUUCUGAAAGCCUUACAUGCAAAACACAGACUGUAAGCAAGAAGCUGCUGCUCUGUAUUUUAAAAGCAGUCAGUUCUUCCACAACUGAAGUGAGGUGCUGGACCUCCACAUGCAAGUGUAUUUUUAAAUAUACCCAAUAGCAUCGAUUAAUGUUGCCAUAACUGAAAUUGGUGUUCUCUGAUCAUGGACUUCACCUCAGUAUAUUCUUGAACAAUAUUCAACAGUACAACCCAGAAGUCUGGUCUGGGCACAAAACAAGAGUUCUAGUCAUUCAAUUUGUUUGGGAUAUUCCUUGUUUGUUUCAAGGCAUAUUUAAACACUCUUGUCUUCCCUUUGUACGCAAGUGAUCUGCUUCUUUUGGAGAAAUCCCAGUAACUGUUUCUCAGAAACAAAAGUAUUUAUCUUGUGGGCUUGGUAUCAUUUACAGUUUACUCUUAUGACUGGAGCACUGCAACGGAUGGCUCUAAGCUCUUCAGAAGGGAAGGAGAGGCGGUGGGGUGCAUCUGUGUGUUAGGGAGUAUUUCGAUCGUAUAGAGUUCAAUGACUGUGAUGAUAAGGUCAAGUGCUUAUGGGUAAGGAUGAGGGGGAAGGCCAACAAGGCAGACAUCCUGCUGGGGGUCUGAUACAGACCACCCAACCAGGAUGAAGAGGUAGAUGUAGCAUUCUAAAAGCAACUGACAGAAGUCUCACAAUCAAUAGCCUUUUUUUUCUUGGGGGACUUCAACUUCCCGGAUAUCUGCUGGAAAUACAACAUAGCACAGAGGAAACAGUCUAGGAGGUUCCUGGAAUGUGUGGAAGACACAGCUGGUGAGUGAGCCAGCCACGGGAGGUGCCCCGCUUGACCUGCUGUUCACAAACAGAGGACUGGUAGGAGAUGUGGUGGUUGGAGGCCGUCUUGGGCAUAGCAACUGUGAUGUGAUUGAUUUCUUGAUUCUUGGCAAAGUAAGAAGGGGGUCAGCAGAACCACUACCAUGGACUUCCGAAGAGCACACUUUGGCCUGUUCAUGGCACCGGUUGGGAGAGUCCCUUGGGAGGCAGUCCUGAAGGGCAAAGGGGUCCAGGAAUUCUGGGUACCUUUCAAGAAGGAACUCUUGAAGGUGCAGGAGCAGGCUGUCCCCAUGUGCCGUAAGACAAACCACCAGGAAGGCGACCGGCCUGGCUGAACAGAGGCUUUUGCUGGGACCAAGGGAAAAAAGGAGAGUUUACCACUUUUGGAAGAAGGGGCAGGCAACUCAAGAAGGGUACAGGGAUCUUGUUUGGUCACGCAGAGAAAAUUAGAAAGGCAAAAGCCCAGCUAGAACUCACUCUGGGUACUGUUGUGAGGGAUAACAAAAAAUGUUUUUGCAAAUACUUUUAACACAAAAAAGGAAGUCAUGGUGAAUCUCCAUCCUCUUGGAUACAGAGGGGAACAACACCACUGAGGAUGAGGAAAAGGCUGAUGUACUUAAUGCCUUCUUUGCCUCAGUCUUUAAUAGUCAGACCAGCUGUCCCCAGGGUAUUCAGUCCUUGGAGCUGGAAGGCAGGGAUGAGGAGCGGAAUAAACCCAAUAAUCCAGGAGGAAGCAGUUUAUGACCUGCUGUGGCACCUGGACACUCACAAGUCUGUGGGGCUGGAUGGGAUCCAGGAAUAUUGAGGGAGCUGGCGGAGCUGCUCGCCAAGCCACUCAACAUUCAUCAGCAAUCCUGGUUAAUGAAAAAUGUAUAGGCAUGGCAUUUCAGGACAUGGUUGAAGAUGCAUGGUGGUGCUGGGUUUAUGGUUGGACUUGAUGAUCUUGGAUGUGUUUUCCAACCUUAACGAGUCUAUAAUUCUAUGCUACGAUUCCAUGCAAAAACAUUAUUAAGAUACUGGAAACUAUCAGUGUCAUGUCCUUUACCUGCUUCUUAUUGCCAUCAAACCACUGCAGGAACCAGCAGAAAAUUACCAAAGGGCCACUGCUUAUAGCAUAAACAGGAGGGGGUUUUUGUCAAGUGUAACUUCAAGCAGCUGUUUUUAUAAGAAAACUACUUUGCCCUUCAAUGCAAGGAGGAUCUUUAUCAUAGAUCAAAGCUUUCAGUGAGUCUUAGAACAAUGCAUGCCUGUGACCUGACAAAGACUUACUGACGUGUGUUAACACAGUCUGGAUUACGUGUAUUUGUUAUUAUAGGACGAGGCAGAAUUUUCCCAAGGAAGUUUACAUUAACUGUGCGUAGCAGCUGUGGAAAGAAAAAUCCAUUUUGGUCUGUCUUGUGAUUCAGGACAACAGUAAAUAGUAACUGUAGCAUCAGGAAGGGGUGAAGGCAUGACUCCUACAGCAAUUUUUUCAUGUAUUGUGGACUUCUUUCCACAAGACCACAGUAGGUGAAGAGUCAAAUUACCCAAAAGUCCUCUAAGGUCUAACUUAAUUUUAUUCACAGCUGAUGUAAUUUUUCAGAAGUCAUUGAUUCAGAAACAUGUACAGAAGUUUGCACUUGAAUUUGCAGGCGUUCUGGGAGAUUGUCUUGGGAAGCAGAAUUGCCUUUAUACAGAAGGAACAUGCUUGGAGAUUGUGUCACGCUUCCUAAAUACCUUUAUUUUACAUGACAGAAAUCAAGAUAAUCUUGUCUGAGUCCUGUUCAAGUACUUCCUGUGCAUCACAGCAAUGGGCUACAGGAGUUCAAGUGCCAUAACCAGCUGAAUCAGUUUAUCUUCAUACUGCUUCAGUAUCUGUCUAGAGCUGACCUUCACAGCAGGCUCCAUCACAAAGUCCGUCUCUCAACAUGUCAUUUACAAAGCUUCAUAAAAAGGUGCUGCAUCCUAUCUGCCUCUGUCCUUCCUGUCCUCUUUGGUACCCAUUGCAAACCACAGCCUGGCUGCGGCUCUAGGCUCCCAUGGAGGUAGAGUACGGAAGUCACUGUUUCUCACGUGGGAUGUCUCAAUUGUCAGAGGCUUUUUAGAAACUAAGAUUUCUCUAGAGCAGCUUUGAAGAAACCCUCCGGUAUUAUAGGAUAACCUGUACUAUCACCUGCUUCCAAAAGCUGCUGCCUUCUAUUUCACUGCUUUUUCUUUUAACUGUGAAGGACGAUGCUCUUAAAUGAAUGCUCAGAAAGAUGGGUGAGGUUUCUUUUAGGACCUGCUGCAAAACUAAAGUCAGGACAGUGCUCUGGGGAACUUCUUCCUAAAUGAGGAAUUUGUAUAGAAGAGACAGCUCCAGAAGUAAAUAUUCCUUCUGAAAUCAGAGGCCUUUUCAAAACGGUAACUCCCAUGUGCUUACAGAGUGAAACCCUUCCCAAAGCACAACAGAACUUUCACAGAAGUAAAUUCUCAUCAGUAAUUCAUUUAAUAGCUUUAUUUAUUAAACACAUUAUGUAAAAUCUA